AAGAGUGAAAAGAAUAUUCAUAACUAUUUGUCAUUGAUCGCGUUCUGCGCGACUCCCUCUCUCUCGCCGCCUCCUCCCGGCGCCCCGACCGCACAGCGAAGGCGUCCUGCGUCCCGAGGCAGAGCCAACAACUAGGCCCCGCCAGCCCGAGACACAGAACCGGCGAUAAAAGGGCGAGGAAGCAGCAGAGAAGCAGAAAACAGGGAGGAUCUGGCCGAGUCCCGCGCGCACGCGCACGCGCUCGCUGUUUACGAACGCCUCGGACUCGACGCCUGUACCUCGGCGGCCCUCGAGGACCAGCUCUGCCAUGGAUUCCGGGCCUGCGGGCGACGUGGGCGCGGCGGCCGAGAACAGGGAGGCAGCCGAAGGAGAUGCGGGCCGACAGAAUGGACACAGUGAUGGCGUUACAUCAUCCAUGGCAAUACAAGAAAAUGGCACAGAGGAUACAUCUCUUGGACUGAAGCGAGCUGCAGCAGAUGGCGACGCUGACAUUGACCAACAAACAAAUGAGCCAGCAUCAAAGAGGCGCAAGACUGGCCCACCACAGCCAAAGAAUCCAAUCAGUACUCUCAAUGAGCUGCGUCCGGGAUUAGUGUACAAAACAUUAACAGUUGAAGGCCCUUCCCAUGCGCCUGUUUUCACUGUAACGGUUGAGCUGAAUGGCCAAAUAUUCCAAGGCACGGGCCGCAGCAAGAAGCAGGCUAAGCACUCUGCCGCUGAGGCCACCCUGAGAUCCUUCCUCCAGUUCCGGAAUGCCUCGGAUGCUGCUCAGGCGCUGGGACUCAAUUCGUCGGGAGUGCAGGACUUCACCAGCGAUGUUUCAGAAGUCAGUUUUGGGUCAAGUUCAGCACCUGGUGAGACGAUACCAGCGGCAGCAGGCAGUAGGCCGGUGCCAGUUGCAGAAGCAUCCUCCCCGACCCCAGCAUCAACUCCUUCAGCGUCGGCAAGCCCUGGUCCAUCUCAGACUUCCAAGAACCCGAUCAUGCUUCUUAAUGAGUUGAGACAGGGAGUGGAGUAUCAGCUGAAACAAGAAUCGGGGGAGCCACAUGCCAAGACAUUUACUUUCCAAGUUACUGUGGAUGGCCAGGUUUUUGAGGGCACUGGAAACAGCAAAAAGUUAGCCAAAGCAGCUGCAGCACGACAAGCACUAAGCAAACUCUAUGGUGUCAUCGCCUCAACACCGUCUGCCGUACUCCAUCACAUGCCAAUCUCUACUAUGCCUAAUCUCCACAUGCCACAGACAUUAGCCGACAAUAUUGCCAAAAUGGUGUGUGACAAAUUUUUAGAACUUACUUCGGGUAACCCAACACUCGCAAAGAGAAAGGUUCUGGCAGGAAUCGUCAUGACGAACGAGGAGAAUCUGGAGGAUAUGAAGGUGAUCAGUGUGGCAACUGGUACAAAAUGUAUUAAUGGAGAACAUCUUAGUCUGAAGGGCCAGUGCAUAAACGAUUGCCAUGCCGAAGUUGUGGCUCGCAGAUGUCUCGUGCACUUCCUCUUCUCACAGCUUGAAAAGCUGGCAGACACCAAUGAAAAUGGAGUUCCUGAAGAUAGUAUAUUUGAAAGCUUGGAAGAAACCAAAGGUUAUAGAGUGAAGUCGCAGUAUAAGUUCCACUUAUAUAUCAACACUGCUCCUUGUGGUGAUGCAAGAAUCUUUGCUCCCCAUGAAGAGGAAGCAGACCAAACAGAUCGCCACCCUAACAGGCAAAGCCGUGGGCUGUUACGCACAAAGAUAGAAUCUGGGGAAGGUACAAUUCCAAUUAAGGCUGGUGCUGACAACAUCCAAACCUGGGAUGGAGUACUUCAGGGUGAGCGUCUACGCACAAUGUCAUGUUCUGACAAGAUUGCGCGCUGGAAUAUUGUUGGACUGCAGGGAGCUCUUGCUGCCCACUUCCUAGAUCCAGUCUAUCUGGAAUCCAUUGUCAUAGGUUCUCUGUUCAGUGCAUCACAUAUGUACAGGGCUGUCUGUGGGAGAAUAGAACAAACUAUCCAAGGACUGCCACCACCCUACAGAUUAAACCAGCCAAGAAUGAACCAGGGUAGCUCAACAGAAUCAAGACAGCCACAGAAAGCCCCUACCAUAUCUGUCAACUGGGACUGCGGUAAAAAAGAAAGUCAGCUCGAGGUCCUCAAUGCCAUGACUGGCCGACAAGAAGGGGAAAAUAGUUCCCGGUUGUGCAAAAGGAAAUUCUUUACAAGAUUUAUGAGUCUUAUUGAACGCCUUCCUUCCAUGACAGAAGUAGAUCCAGGGGCAGCAAAGCAUCUCUCCUAUGGGGAAGUUAAAGCUUUAUCUAAUAAGUAUCAGACAAGCAAGAGGGCCAUGAUUUCAGGAUUUGCUCGUGCUGGUCUUGGUCAGUGGAUUGGCAAGCCCAUGGAAGAAGAUAGUUUUUAUAUAUAAAUUUGAAUUCAUUCUCAUAUUAUGUAUUUGUGUGACUUUUCUCCUCUCUGUCAGUUUUGUAAAGGUUAUAUAAUAGGAGACAGUUGAUAGCCCAUACAGCAUUGUUCCUAUCCCAGUUCAGGUUACUCUGUUGUUAACACAAUAGGCUUAUAGCUGCUGUUAGUAGAAAGCUUGUGGACUACAAAAGGUCAUGAUACUUAUUGGGCGUCAGAUAUGGGCUUGAAUAAUCAGAAAAUCUCUUUAGACAUUUCUUCAAAUAGGUUUUUCAUAGGUGUGUUUUACAAUUAUUUGAUUUUGGGAAAUUAUUAUGCAUGUUGUUGAAUAUUUGCCAAAACAAAGACGUCUUCUUGAUAUCUACUUUUUAAGUUCCUCUGUUGAGACAUGAUUUGUGUUAUGAUAUUUGAAUUACAGGUUGUAGUGCUUAAAUAAACCAAAAAUGUUGAUCUUAAGUUAUAAGGUCUAGAGAUUUUUUUUUUUAAGAGAAAAUAUCCAUUUCAUAUAUUUCCUCAUCUUGAAUUGCUUUAAUAUUUGGAGUUACACAAAGAUUUUUUUGAGCAUGCCAAAUCUCUAUUUUUAAAGCUAGGUAGGUAUCAGAUAUUUCUAUUUUGAGAUUUUUUUAUUGAAUGUGGCAUGAAAAAAGCUACAAAAAAAGUCAGUCCACUUAAAGAUUACACGAGAUCAAAUUUAUUGAGUUUAAGCAGAUGUUUCUUUUGCCAUUCUUAACGCUACUCCUCCCAUGUCAUAGCAUUUAAAUCUCAUGACAACUUACUGUAUUAAGGCUCUCCUUAAAUCAUUAAGAAGUAAAAUGCUGUCUUGAUUAUAGAUAACAUUGUCAAUCUUUGCAAGUUAUGCAAUCACUUUAUAUUAUGUGUUUACUUACUGUUAUUUGUUUAUUUGAAAUCAUCCCAAGGGCUAAAGCAAAAUCAAUUGCAUGCCAAAAACACAGGACAAAUGGUCUUCAUGUAAUCAUUUUUCAUUCUGUGCAUUUGACAGUCUGACUCAUGAAUGUGUUACAAACUCAAGGAAUUCCCUAAGGGUGUGACCUUCCCACAAGUCAUGGGUCAUGUAAUGUUACUUUGGACCAGUGUAUAUAAUGCCUGCUUGGUAUUGUUAUACCUUUUUGUAUAUGAUUAAUAUUGUUGCCCCCUUGUGUGGGAAAGAGAUAAUUAUGUGGAUUCUUAUUUUGAUCUCUCAUUUUAACACUACCACUUUUUUCCCUUUCUUUUUUAAAGGACAACACUUGAGUACAGCCAAGGUCUGUCUUGUAUCUGAGUGUCAAAACUUUUUAGUAAUUAGAUAGUGUAUAGUGUAUCUAAGCAUGCUACUGUGAUCAUUUUAUUUUAGCAUUUUUUGUCUCUUCAUGAUAUGUGAUUUCUUUGUAACCUUAGUUUUUUUUUUGCAGUCCAUGUAUUUUUUUAUGACAUUUUUAACUUUUUGGGGGAAUAAGCUAGUUUACGUAUAUUUUUUCUUCAAAAUGUUAUAUUUUUAUGUCAGUAAGAAGAAAAAUGGAAUACUGUAAUGUUUGUUUGUUUGUUUUUGGUAAUUUCAUAUCUCACUAAAGUUUGAAAAUAAUGUUUCAAGAUAUUUUGAUUUGAAUACUUGAAAGAUGUAGCAGCAUUAUUUGUUUUAUAGUAAGGAGUAAGAAUUUUAAGGGUAACACCUGUGGACCAUGCAUAGCUUCACCAUUUCAUUGUGUAAGCAAUUUGGUUGUACUUAGGUUUGAUGACCUUCAUGUUUUAAACUUUAGCAUAACUCUGUUGCAUAAUUUUUUGCAGGGUUUAAUAUACGUAUCUAAUUUAAACAUUUUGUAAAGUCCGAUAUGCCACAUACAAUGCAAAGUAUUUAAUUUUCUAGUUCUAUGAGGAAGAAGGACCAGCAAGUUCAAGAUGACAUUCAAUCAGUUACCUUAUUUAGGUUACAUUAGUAUUGACUGCAAGUAUAUUGUUUUGUGUUAAAUUACAAGAAGGUAAAAGUCAUUAAGGCCUUAGUUGUAAACCAUUUAGUUUGUGUAAAUCUCAAGAAGCAGUAAUAGCUGUCAUGAAAAAAAUGCCACAGGGCAAUCAUUUAUUAUAUUGUUUUUAACAAAAAGAACUAGAAAAAAAUGCUUAUUUCUACUUAGACUCAUUAACUUACGAUUUGAACAAAUAUGAAGAAACUUUACAGUAUGUGUCACGAGAAGGUAUAUGGAUUCAUGUUCUAAAGCCAUCCCACAAAAAUAAGAUUAAAUGCUAAGAAAGAGACAAAACUAAUACACUGUCUGCUCAUGAGAAGAGAGAAGUGAGCUGUUUAAAUUUAGCAACAAUUUUGUAAAAGUUUGGUUUGUAUGUAUUGGUUAAGAAGUUGGUCAUUUAUUUCAGUGACAAGUCAUUCAUGGCAAUAUGAAUACCUAAAAUAAUGUAUCAUUUUCUAAGUUAAUCACUGAAUAAACUGUUUUAAGAAUCA